AUCAUCUAGUAGGAUCCUAUCAUUUUACUGAUGAAGAAGCUGAGACCCAGAGUGGGAUCAAGGAAGAAUGGCUGAUUAUCCUAAGGAAGGCAAAACUGAUGAUAUUCCAAACUUCAUCCAGCUGACUGACUUGGCAUCUGAACAUGUAGGAGGAAAGGUUUUAUUUGCAACAGAUGACUUUUUUGCUCCUGCGGAAAACCUUUUAAAGAAACACAGACCAAGCUAUAAACCAAAGGAAUACACAGAGUUUGGAAAAUGGAUGGAUGGAUGGGAGACCAGAAGGAAGAGAAUUCCAGGUCAUGACUGGUGUAUCAUACAACUAGGAAUACACGGGAUUAUUCGAGGCUUUGAUGCAGACACUGCUUUCUUCACUGGAAACCACGCUCCCAGAUUAUCAAUACAGGCAGCAUGCUUACAAAAUGAGGAGAUACCAGAUCUACCAGCAAGAGGGACAAAAUUAGGAUGUGCAGCCACUGCUGAAGAAUUUGAAGCCAUUGAGAAGCUGGAGUCGGAGAAUUGGCAUUGUCUGGUUCCCAUGGAAGAACUCAAACCAGGAUAUUCUGGCAGCAAUCACAAUUAUUUUCCUAUCUCUUCUCACCAAAGAUGGACUCAUCUAAGGCUCAACAUCUUUCCAGAUGGUGGGCUUGCACGCCUGCGGGUCUAUGGUACUGGACAAAAAGACUGGUCUGCAGCUGAUCCCAAAGAAUUGAUUGAUCUUGUGUCAAUGGUACAUGGAGGGGUUUGUGUGGGCUACAGCAAUGCCCAUUUUGGACAUCCAAAAAAUAUUAUAGGUAUAGGAAAGGCAAAGUCCAUGGCUGAUGGUUGGGAAACUGCAAGAAGAUUGGACAGGCCACCAAUAAUAGAAACAGAUAAAGAAGGCAUUCUCCUGGUACCUGGUGGUGAAUGGGCGAUUUUCAGACUGGCACAUCCUGGUGUAAUCACUCAAAUAGAGAUAGACACACAUCAUUUUAAAGGUAAUUACCCAGAUACCUGCAAACUUGAUGGGUGUGUUCUAACGACUCCAGAGGAAGAAGAAGGUAUUUUGCAAAAGUGGCAUUUACCAAGUGUCAAGUGGAAACCACUGCUUUCUGUCACAAAGCUGUCGUCCCACAAGAAGCAUUUCUUCGAUAGUGUUGCCCUCCAGCUUCAGAAUGUCAUCACACAUGUGAAAAUUACCAUUGCUCCGGAUGGGGGACUGAGUCGGCUUCGUUUGCGGGGCUUCCCCAGCUCCAUCUGCCUCCUACGGCCCAGUGAAAGGGUGAUGUCCUCCCGACGAUUCCCUGUGAUCGUGCCUUUGAGAGCAAUGAAUUCUACCUUCAAAAUCACCUGAAAUUGACAUAGUAGUUAAAUGUUAAGCAUCGCGGUAACAUGCUUUCUUGGAACAUUUUGAACAUCUGGACCUUUAGAAACAUUUGCGUUUUUAUCUCUUUGAGAUCGAGAUGAUUCCUGGUGACAUAAUAAAACAUUUCCUCCCCCA